AGUACUGCUUUCACAAACUCUUCACCAGUCUCGAAAUGUACCUUGAGGAGAACACGUGGUUUAUUUCAUUAAGGAAUUCUUGAGGGAAUUUAAAAUUUCAAGAUGUUGAGAGGGAAAAGAGGUGGAUUGAAAGGGAAGAGGAGAAUGGCGAAGAAAGCAGCACCAGCAGCUCUUCAAACUGAAGUUUCCACUGAUGAAGAAUGGGCCAAAAUUAUGGAACGAAAGGGUCUCGUUGUUGUAGAUGUUUAUUCGGAUUGGUGUGGGCCUUGCAGUGGAAUGGUCAGCAUUUUGAAGAAAAUAAAGAUGGAAAUUGGUGGUGAUCUGCUGAGUUAUGCUAUCGCGAAGUGCGACAACAUCUCAGACCUCGAGAGGUUCAGAGGGAAGAGUGAACCCACUUGGAUGUUCAUCCACAAUGGAAUGAUGGUGAAUCUAAUGUUUGGCGCCUACUGCCCCGAACUCCAGAAGAUGCUGACCGACGAGAUUCAGAAAGUCCAGAAAAAUGAGGAUCACGAAUUUUGUAUUCCAGUCGCGGAGAGGAGCCCUGAGGAGCAGAAGCGAUUGGAAAUCGGGGAGGAAGAGAGAAUAGCUAAAGAGGCUGCAAAAAAGGCGCAGAAAGGUUCGUAAAUUAAANNNCGAUACGAAGCAGAAAUGCACCACCUGAUGACAUCUCUCCUGGACGAGACCUGUCUCCUGCUGUACCCCUGGGUAUUCAAGGACGAAGAGGGCCACAGGAGAGACAAGAGAUCAAGUCCACCUUACGUUGAUCUAGUGGAAAAUGUUCUUCCAGAGAAUUACAUUGUGGAGCAAGAGAUUAGAAAACGACUGAAUGAAGAUUUGAUUAACAAAAUAUUUGCAGAGUCUGAUUGGAUAGUGACUCCAGAGGCUAGACAGCUGUUGACUGAAGGGAAAUGUCUCUUCAUGCGACUUAAAGUUGGAGAGAACAGACCAGAAAUGGAUGUGGAAAAAUAUUUGUUGAAUCUCUUAUUCGGCGAGCCACGACUACCACCGAUUGAUGCUGAAGUCCCAGAGGGUUGCUUUGCAGAACGCCAUAAGCCGGCGUCAAUUCCACUAGGAAAAGAGAACUUCAUCUUCCCCGUCGUCUGGGCGACUCCAAAUUCAUUAAAUAAAAUCAGUCUCUUCAAGACGAUCUUCAAAAAAUAUCUGGAUACAACAUUUCCAUAUGAAGAUAAAACGGAAAAGGCUCCAAUAAUGGUCUUCAAGUUCGAUAGCACUCGAAAAAAUGAAUUGAAGAUAGUCCUGGCGAUGCAGGAGUCCGAGGUCCUCCACUUCGGGAUCUUCGAGAGGGAUAAACCUGGGGAGGCGAGACUAAUAGCGAAUUCCAUCGAGGAAUUCGACGCCAGUACUGAGGAAAAGACCGGAUAUGAGGCGUUUGUCUGUGUUGUGAGAAAAGUCGGUUCCGAGGCAUUUCUGACGUUCGCAGGGAUCGGUCCCUAUCACGUCAGCGAGAACCCCGAUGUCGCUGUCGAGGAAGCUAAUGCUUAUUUCCCGGAGGUACUCCCAGCUGAUGAAGAGGAUGACGAUGAGGAGAGGAUGGAGGAAGAGUCACCAGGAGAGGAGGUGGGGGACAGCGCUGAGAGGACAGGUUGACGGAUUCAAUUGAAUGGGGAAAUUAUAUUAUGAUUAUUAUUUAUUUUUAUGUAUAAAUCGAAUAAUUUGUCGAAUUUAUUGAAUCGAAUACUUCGAGAUUUCAUUAUAAAUCUUUUUUAAUAAUUUAUCAUAUUGACAUUAUUAUUAAUAAUGAAGGAAACAAUUGGAAAAUCGAUUUUCAAACUA